ACAGUACUCUGAUUUCAAGUAAAAUAAUAAUAAUAAUACUACACAUACUUAUUUUUUAUACUUGGAGCCUAAAAUUUACGGCCGCACGAACGGAGUGCACGUUUGCUUCUGUCACAUGUUUGUUUGUCCGAGUUUUUGCUCUUGCAUACUGCCGUUGUAAAAAGUUGGAAAGAAAAUAAUCUUAACUUUUCAAUUUCAAAUUAGAAAUGAAAUCAAAGAAAUUGGAGCUUGACUUGUCUUUUUAUAGAUAUCCUCCUUUUACCUAUUUUACUAUACUCAAUUCUUCUAUUUUUAGGAUCCUUCUGAAAAUUAAAUUAAUUUUUCCAUUUAUGUUUGUAGUUUCUUAUUUCUGACAAAACAAAUGUUGGAAAAAAUCUAUCCUUAGAUGCCACGUGUAGCUAUUCGAUAAGUGAUAAGAUUCAGUAUUAUCUGGAGCGUUAGCGUUAAAUAACACUCUUAAGCUUCACAUGUUUUAUCGCUUACACUCAAAUUAAGUCUAUGUAAUUACAAAAUUACAACACUCUCUCCAUCUCUUUGUUUUCUCCGCAGAUGAUGAGUGUGAAAACCUGUAAAGUUGAGCCUUUAAAAGGGCAAACACCACUUAGAAGUAGCAAGACCAAACAGGAUGCUAAACCUUAUUCGUGUUCUUCACCACCAUCCAUCAAGGCGUAUACAUCUCCAUUCGUAAGCCAAAAGACUUCAAGACGUGUUGCUUUGUCUGCUGAAGAUAUCAAGAAUGCUCAUAGAGAAGCGACAAAGAUCUCGAGUUCGAGCUGUGGAUCAAGCAAAUGGACAGGAAAUUUCAUUCUCAUGGUGGAGCUUCGAAGAAAGAUUAUCAAUUUUAGAACCAUCAUUGAUCUUCCUCCUCUGACCUAUUAUCUCUCUAUAUCCAAUAUGGUGAUGCGUACGAUGAAAGAUCUCCAUAAGCUCUGUCCUGAGAUCAUUGACAGCUCCCAAAUCCUCGAAAUGAGACGUGAAGAAGUUGACAAGUUGCUUGACAAUUUCUACAACGCUUUGAAAUCAAUUGGAGAUUCAUGGAUCGAUGACCACGAAUGGAUCAUCAAAUCCAAGUAUAGAAGCAGUAACAUAAGGAAGAAUCUGUCUGAUCGACUUGUGGAAAAGGUGUUAGCUGCAUUAGAUGGACUGAUUAAGGGGAUGAACGAGAGGCUUAAUACGACAGAGAACGGCAAUGUGGAAAUGAAGAAAAAGGUUAGUCCGCGGAGUACUAAAACAUCAAAUGACCGAUCAGAAUCAUUGGCGAAGCAACCGAUCAGGCCAAAAACGGUGCUGAGUCCACCGAGUAAAGUCCAUGGAGACUUUUCAAUCUCUGUGUCAAAUCUUCCUAGAAAUGUGAGAAUGCAAGCGCUUGUAAAGCUGAGUCCUAUCGAUGUAAAGCGACUCGCUAUCCAAAAUUUUAGUCAGAAAGAAGCUCUGAGCAAUAAUGGUGAUGGUGAUGAUGAGAGUCUCAAAGUGAAGAAGAGUGAAACAGAGGAGAAAGCAAAAGAAGCUAUUCUUGAGAAACAAGAUAGUGUGAAGAGUCAGAUUGAUGAUAAAGAUUGCUCAAAAGUUUCAGUGAAAUCUGAAAUGGUUUCAAAAUCUUUUGCUCCGCCUCCUCCACCACCUCCAGGGAAUGCAGCAAUCCCGGUGGAACCACCACUUACAAUGUCUGCUGAAAAAGAGUCGUAUGCUCCGCUUCCUCCACCUCCCGGAAGAGCAGCACUACCACCGCCACCGCCACUUCCAAUGGCUGUGAGAAAAGGAGUGGCUGCUCCGCCUCUUCCACCUCCAGGGACUGCAGCACUACCUCCACCACCGCCACUUCCAAUGGCUGCCGGAAAAGGAGUGGCUGCUCCACCACCUCCUCCACCUGGCGCAAGAGGAGGCUUGGGAGCGAAGAAAGUAACUAGUAAACUGAAGAGAUCAACCCAUUUAGGGGCCCUAUUUAGAUUCCUCAAGGGGAAACUAGAAGGGAAGAAUCCAGAAGUAAGAUCUCGUGGCGCUGGAGGAGGAAGUAAAGGCGCGACUGGAAGCGCUCCAGCCAGCGGAAAGCAAGGAAUGGCUGAUGCUCUUGCUGAGAUAACAAAGAAGUCUCCUUAUUUUCAGAAGAUAGAAGAGGAUGUUCGAAUGUAUAUGACUUCAAUCAAUGAGCUUAAGACAGAUAUUACAAAGUUCAAGAACAAGGACAUUACCGAGCUUCAAAAAUUUCACCAUCGUAUUGAAUCAGUUCUUGAGAAACUAGAAGAUGAAACACAGGUUCUAGCAAGAUGUGAAGGAUUCCCGCAUAAGAAACUCGAAGCAAUAAGAAUGGCUGCUGCAUUAUACUCGAAGCUGGAGGGUAUGAUCAAAGAGCUAAAGAACUGGAAGAUAGAGUCUCCGGCGAACCAACUUUACGAUAAGACUGAGCGUUACUUUGCAAAGGCAAGUCAUAGAAAUACUGAUUUUCGCUUGUUUCUUCGCCUUUCUUUUUUUCUGGUUAUUUCCUCUUUCAGGUAGCUGAAUUGAUCUGAGGACAAUGAUAUAAAUAACAGAUCAGAAAAGAGAUUGAAACUCUAGACCAGAUCAAAGCAGAAGAGGAAAAGAAGUUCAAGAGCAAUAACAUCCAUUUCGACUUCAACAUCCUUGUUCAGAUCAAGGAAUUAAUGGUUGAUAUCUCUUCAGGCUGUAUGGAACUGGCAUUGAAGGUAGUAGGACUAACAUUUUGCAUACAUCUGAUCACUAUUUUGAAACCCUUUUAACCAGAGUCUCUUGGUUCAACCUCACAGGAAAAGAGAGAAGCAAAGAUUGCAUCGCAAACUACUGCAGAAUCACUCGAGGCAAAGCCAAGCACGAAGAAUAAGACUCCAGGAUGGGCUAAAACGUUGUGGAGGGCAUUUCAUUUUGCAUACAGAGUUUACACAUUUGCUGGUGGGCACGACGAUCGUGCUGAUAAGCUUACAAGAGAGUUGGCUGAGGAGAUCGAGCAGAUUCUUGGAAACCAAUGACUUGUGACUUAUGUCUCGGCUGAAAAUGUCACAAAGGUAUUGGAGUCUUUAUAGAAGACAGUUAUUAAAGAGAAUAAGUGAUUUAGGUUAACAUGUUGUAAUGUAGUUAGUUACCAAAAAGCUGUUGUACUCUGAUAAGUCUUCUCACUGUAUGACUGCACCUAUAAAAAAGAAAAUAGCAUAUCAAGGUUACCAAAACAUAUCCUAGCUAUCGAAUCCAGGGAAUUAAACACUUGAGGACGACAGAUCUCAGUAUUGAACCGAGGUAGGAAAACUGGGAACUUCCGUGUGACAAUAUGGCAAGCUCUAGCCAGAGACAGAUGCAGAGCUCGAGGAAUGGCGACAGUGAGAGAAGAAGCCAAGAGGAAAGGAAACAGAACAAACCAAGAACAAG